AUGACUGCUACUCACCUUCCUUCACUGCCAUCUUCCCCCAGCUCUCUCUGGUAUGCUGACUCAGGCGCCACCAACCAUAUCACUCAUGACCUCAACAAUCUAUCUCUCAAAUCUUCCUAUCCUAGCACUGACAAAGUGAUUGUUGGCAGUGGUGAAGGUUUGGAUAUCGCCCAUACUGGCAGCUCUUUUGUAUCUGCGUCUAAUUCCAAAUUUCAACUCCACAACAUACUUCAUGUUCCACAUAUUUCUCAGAAUCUUUUAUCUGUUCAUCGAUUUGUUUCUGAUAAUCAGUGCAUACUAAUUUUUACUCCUUUUGAAUGUCUUGUGAAGGACAUAGCAACGGGGAAGCUCCUAUAUCGUGGCCCUACUGAUGGUCACCUCUACCCCAUCAAUCUUUCUCAAGUUCACCAUGUUUCACCUGCUGCUCUUCUCAGUACCAAAGCCUCUGCUUCCUUCUGGCACAAACGAUUGGGCAACCCCUCUGCUCAAACCCUCCAACAUCUUCUCUUCACUCGUUCUCUUCCUCUUCAAGGCUCAUCCAUCACCAACUGUGUCUGCGUUGAUUGUCAGUUAGGCAAAAGUCACAAGUUGCCCUUUAAUAAAUCCAUCUGUAGUUCUUCUUUCCUUUAG